CACAAAUCCGAAGAAGAGCUUGGUUACGAGGCAGACGUAAGCUCUUGCCGCGAUAUUUCGUCUUUAAGAGCCGCUGUGGCUGACUCGCUGUCUGUGUACUUCGUAUUUGCCUAAACACUAAGACUUGUUCAUUUAAACUCGAAGAAGUCACAGUUGAGUUUCUUCGUUUUUAGUUUAUGCUCCUCCGGUGGGAGCUUCGCUGCCAUUUACAAUGGUUUUACUGAAGAACCUUCAACCUCCCACCGAGGGAGUGCGGCUGGAACGAGCAGAGAUCACGGCGGUGAUGGACGGACAGAGGCUGGGUUGUGGCACGCUGUACAUCGCUGAAACGCGUCUGUCAUGGUUUGAUGGUUCAGGGUUGGGUUUCUUUUUGGAGUAUCCCACCAUCGGCCUCCAUGCUAUUUCCAGAGACGUCAGUGCUUACCCUCAAGAACACCUGUACGUCAUGGUCAACGGCAAAAUCAGCGAUAGCAAUGAGGCAGAAAUGGCAGAAAAACCAGCAGAUGAUGGAGAUGGAGAUGAAAGCAGCAGUGACGCUGAUGAUGAUCAAGACGAAGGAGUGAUCACUGAGGUUCGAUUUGUGCCAAGUGACAAGGCGGCAUUGGAACUCAUGUUUUCAGCGAUGUGUGAUUGUCAGGCACUGCACCCUGACCCAGAGGACGAGGACUCUGACAACGACUUUGAAGGAGAGGAGUAUGACGUGGAGGAGGCAGAAGCAGAGCACGGCACCCCGAACAUUCCCACUUUCUACACCUGUGAUGAGGGUCUGGCAUCCCUCACCCAUGAAGGCCAGGCCACACUGGAGAGACUGGAGGGCAUGUUGGCUGAAAGCAUAGCUCAGCAGUACCACAUGGCCGGAGUUCGAACUGGAGAAAACAAACCUGAGUUUGAAGAUGAUAUGGAUGUGGACUCAGCAGCAACAGAGGCCGGUCAGUUUGAGGAUGCAGAUGUUGAACACUGAUGGAUGUCAUCACAGGAUCCAGUCACAGCACUUGGGUUGCAUCAUUUGGUUGGAGACGACAACAGCAGCACUUCUAUCAGCUCUUAAUAUCCUUCUCUUUUUCAGUCAGUCAUCUCAGUAUUCUCACUGUAUUCGCCUGCCUUUCCUCCCUGUCCUUGUGUGCAUCCCUGUUGAUUUUCUUCUGGUCUGUCAUCAUCACCUGAAGAAUGAACACUGCUCUGCCGUUAAGUCAGGUCAGCUCAAGUUGACCUUUGAAAAGCAGCCCCAAAGGCUUAGAUUCUGAUGACUGAAAAAACAAAAUCUGUUUUGUUUUGUAGCUUUUUUUGGUGAAGGAAAGUUCAAGUCUUUGUAUCAAUUUGUCAAUAAAUGCAUAGUUUUUGUACCUGUGCCUUUAA